AUGGGGAACACAGGACGGGGAACAGUCAUUGACACAGGAACGUGGUCAGAAGUGACCCAGAGAGACUGCUGGAGACCAGUCUUGGAGGGGCCAAGUGAGAGCAGACUUUCAAUCAUUGUAGAAAAGGGUUCAUCCUGCACAGCUGAGGAACCGCCACCAGUUGCAGCCCCCAAACCAGAGAAGAGGCCGCCAGUAAGACCAGGGUCUUUGUUAAAGCCCAGGUCAGCAGGAACACCAGAACCAGCUCCGGUUCUCCUGGAGCCAAGAUUGGGAGGCUGCAGUUUGUCCGAAAUAUGCUGUGCUUCUUUAAGCUCAGCUCUGAAGUCCAACCCCUCCCAUCUGACAGAACUGGACCUGAGCUACAACGACCUGAAAGAUGAUGGAGUGAAGCAGCUCUGUGGUUUUCUCCAGUCUCCCAUCUGCAAACUACAGACAUUGAGAUUGAUUGGCUGUGGUUUGUCAGAGAUCAGCUGUGCUUCUCUGGUCUCAGCUCUGAAGUCAAACUCCUUCCGUCUGACAGAAUUGGACCUCAGGAACAACAACCUGCAGGAGUCAGAUGUUCAGCAGCUGCAGGAUCUUGUAAAGGGUCCAGACUACAAACUGAAGAAUCUGAAGUGGGGGUCCCGAUCUUAGUGGAGGAGAGAAGCUGAUUUGUGUCCUGAUUAUCCUCAGAGGUUGAAGCUGGAGUGGUUUGAGUUUAAAGAGUUUAAAGAGACUCUGACUGGAUCCUAAAGAUUAACUCUAAGAUUUGUUUGUUUUCAGUCCUUCUUUUUCUUUGUUUUCAUGAUCUCCAUAAUAUCAUGUUGAUAUUUUUUUCUCUACAAAUUAAAAUUGACGAUAAAAUUAUCUAUAACAUGUGAAAAUAUGAAUUUAAAAAAGAAUCCUUAACAGUUUUAACAAACUUUGUUUUCCCAAAUAUUUUUAUUAAAUUUUAACACACACUGAAGG